CCUCCUUUUGACUUUUAAAUCUUUGCAAAACUCUGCCAAUGUCGCUCAACCCCGGUGAUACCGCCUGGGUCCUCGUUUCGACUGCCUUGGUGCAGCUCAUGACGCCCGGCCUCUCGUUCUUCUACGCCGGCCUGGUCAACUCGCGCAACGUCGUUGGCACCCUCAUGCUCAGCUACGGCGCGAUGGGCGUCGUGACCUUCCUGUGGGUCAUUAUCGGCUACUCGGAGGCGUUCGGACCCUCAACAAACACACACGUUACCGGUGGUACCGAAAACCGCGCUCUCGAAGGCCUCGUUGGAGGCAUGGUCGGCGACCUGCCGGCCCUGGUCUAUGCCAUGUUCCAGCUCAUGUUUGCCAUUGUCACUGCUGCCAUCAUCUCCGGCUCCGUUGCGACCCGUAUGCGCUUUAUUCCGUUCAUGACGUUUGUUGCCCUGUGGCACUUGCUCGUCUACUGCCCGCUCACCCACUGGGUCUGGACUGUCGGCGAUGGCUGGAUUAACGACUAUGGCGCGAUCGAUUUCGCCGGCGGCCUCGUCGUCCACGUCUCGUCUGGUGUCUCUGCCUUUGUCGCCGCUUUCUGGCUCGGUCAAAACCCCCUGCGUGACAACGUCCACGAGCACAAGCCCCACAACGUCCCGUACGUCAUGCUCGGCGCCGCGCUGCUCUGGUUUGGCUGGUUUGGCUUCAACGCCGGCUCUGCUCUGACUGCCGGCCAGCUCGCCGGUCUUGCGUUCGCCAACACUCAAAUCGCCGCUGCCGUGGCCAUGUUCACCUGGAACCUCGUCGAGGUUAUUUGCGGCGGAAAGGGCUGGUUCAACGGCCGCCCCACCGCCGUCGGUGCUGCCAUCGGCGCUGUUGUUGGCCUGGUCGCCAUUACUCCUGCCGCCGGCUUUGUCACCCCGAUGUGGUCCAUCUUCUUUGGCGCCUUCACCUCGCCCGUCUGCUACCUUGCUCUCAAGCUGACCAAGCGCUCUCCCAUCGACGAUACUCUUGACACCUUUGCCGUGCACGGCGUUGGCGGUGCUGUUGGCUCCCUCCUGACUGGUCUGUUUGCCACCACCGAAGUCGGCUCGCCCGUCGAUGGCAGCUUCUACGGCGACGGUGGCGAGCUCUUUGGCAAGCAGAUUGUUGCCUUGCUGGCCACGAUCGCCCUGUGCCUCGUGAUGACCUCGCUGAUCAUGCUCUUCCUCAAGGGUAUGGCCAAGCUCCUCCACACCGACAUCCGCAUCAGCGCCGACGACAUGGCUGUUGGUGUCGAUGGUAUUGACCACGGCGAGUCUGCCUACGGCCACGCCGAUAUCGAGGCUGUUAUUGCUGCCCUCCAGCGUGCCAACCAGCAGGGGCUUCUCCAAAAGGGCAGCACCUUUGAGUUGGUUCCCACCAGCGCCCCUAAGAACAAGCGUGACUCGUACCCCGUCACCCAGUUUGAUACCGCCACAGCCCAGCAGUCUGCCUAAACGAUGCUCGUUAACAAUUUUGAUCCUUGAUAGAGGAAGUGUAUGAAUGUGUGUAUGUGCGUUGUUUUUUGUUUUUUCUUCAUGUCGCAAAAAGCCCC